AUUGAAUUAAAAUAUGGAACAGAGUGAAGAAAAUAAAAACCAGGGACCUGAAUUGUACGAUUUCGAAACGACCUCCCACUACUACAACUGUCUCAGAUACAGUGCUAAGUACGUCUCAGAUAGGAUCGGUGAAGGAGAAGUAGCAGUGGUGCUUGGCAGCGGCCUCGGAGGCCUUGUUGAUACUUUGGAAAAUCCAAAGAGUAUUGAGUACUCAGAUAUUCCUUACAUGCCUCUAACCUCAGUCGUUGGUCAUGGAAAGUCUCUCUACCAAGGAACAGUUGGUGGAAAGAAGGUUAUUUGUUGGUCAGGAAGAGUUCAUAUGUACGAAGGAUACGCUAGUCAUCAGUUGACGUUCAUUACUUAUCUCUCAGCAUUCCUUGGUUGUAAAUAUAUCAUCCUCACUAAUUCCUCAGGAGGAUGCAUCGAAGGAAUGAGACAUGGUUCUCUUAUGGUUUCAAAGGACCAUCUGAACUUCGCAGGAAAGUGCCCAAUUCCCUCUUGCUUCAACGAUCCAAGAUUUGGAGAAAGGAAUCCUAGUGCUACACUUGCUCACUCGAAAUAUUUGAAAGAUUUGGCAUUAAAAGUAGCAGAUGAAAAUGACAUCAAACUCUUCGAAGGAAUCUAUACAUGGACGACUGGACCUUCCUAUGAAACUCCUCUUGAAGCUCUUUCACUUAAAAGAUUUGGAGGUGGCUGCUUCGGAAUGAGUACAGUCCCAGAGAUCUUGUCAGCCGGCCAGAUAGGAAUUGAAUGAGUUGUACUCACAAUGAUCACAAACUUGGCAGCUGGACUACAAGAAAAGCUAGCCCAUUCUGAAGUUCAUGCAGAAGCUAUUAAGGCAGGGCCUAAGCUAGCAGGAUUAGUCUCAAAGAUCAUUGAGCAGAUAGAUUCUGAAAGAGAAGUAGAUAUGAAGAUUAAAGAUGGUAUAUCUGAACAUCAUCCACUACCUUCAGUACUAAUGAAGAAUCCAAAGCCUGCAUUCCCAAUAGAGGAUUCCUUGGAGAAGGCGGUUGAUAUUCUGAACCUCACUAACUGUGGAUACGAGAAGGUAAACGAGGCAUAUUGGUUUAUGAGCUUUGGAGCUUAUGAAGAUAUCAUCAAAAGCGCUGGAUUGACAAACAUUAGAGAGCUUCCAUUUAACGAAAUCCCAAGAAUGCCAUCUAAAACAAGUGCAGCUCUACAUUCCAAAAUUAUUUUUGCUACUUUGAGAAAUGGAAGUAGAGUACUUCUCAUUUUGAACAGCUUCCUUGAAGGUCUUAUCCCGACUGAGUCCCACUUCCUUGUCAACUUACUCAAGGCUUAUGGAGUAACUUCUAUUAAGUUUAUCCUUGAAGCUGCUACAACAGGCAAAAGAGAGAAUUUAAAAGAUGGGUGAUUUGUAGUAGUAUCCGAUUACAUGAACAAGACAUAUUUCCCACCUUGCAACCCAAAUCUCGAUAAGUUCUAUGCCUUUAAAACAGCACAGAAGACUCUGGUUUCAAAGGCCAAAUCAGUGCUCACUGAGAAGUUAGGAAAUGACUCUUCAGACUUCGAUGAUAUUUCCUUGAUUCUACAGGAUGGGCCAUGUCAUCCAUCAGAUGCUAAUGUAAAUAUGUAUAAGGAAGCUGGUCAAGAUUUGAUUACUAUCACAAAUACUGCUGCUAUUGACGAGGCAAACAAUCUUGGUCUCAUCCAAAUUACCUUUGCUAUAGUCAAAGAUCAUGGAUUUGUUGGCAAUGGUGCUGUUAACGCAGAGAAAAUUGGAGAUAUCUUGUUUGAUGAAUUCUCUAGUAAGAAAAUUUCCGAAAAUUUUGGAUACUCUCACGAAGUAGAAAGUAUUGACAAGCACAUGUCCCAGCUUGUCUCCCUAAGCAAGCCACUUGAUCAUACCAAGUACGAAAACAUUGAAGUAGAUAUGCCUCAAGGCAUGGACGUUGAGAAGUUCGAUACUGCCAUUAAGGCCAUCUCUGAUUUCCUGAAGUUAUCUAAAUCCAGCUAUGUCGGACUCCAGCUUCACCACUUCAAUUAUAAUCAAAUUGAAGACUACUUUAACAUAAAGAAGGUUGUGAAGUUCACUUCUGACUCUGAGAUCACCCAGAGCCUCCCUGAGCUGCUUCUCUGCUCUCUCAAGAGUGAUGACAGCUACGAGCUCCUUGUGAUCAAAGGAAUUAUAGUUCAUCAGGUUACUAUGGAUCCUGCUGCAAGAAGUAUGCCUACUAGGAUUCUCCACAGACUAGGAGUAAAUAGGUUUGUUAUCAUGGCCAAUAUCUUUGCAGUUAGAGAAGACAUGAAAGUUGGAGAUCUCUUCCUCCCUAAUGAUCACAUCAACAUCUCUGUUCUCAACUCAAACACUGGGAUAAAUAUUGACGAUUGGGGGCUAAGAUUCUACGAUGUUAGCAAAUGCUAUCACAAAGACAUGAACGAGAAGUUCGAAGAUAUCGCAACCAAGAAUGAAACCAAGGUCUGGAAUUCAAGCCUUCUCUAUGUGAGCAAUACUAAGCCUUAUGCUGGUCUUGCAGAGAAGAACUUCUGAGAAGGAAUUGGAGAGAUCAACGGGCAUCUCACUGAAGCUGUAUCCUUCCAGGGGCAUAGCGAGCUCAUGACAAUUAGUCACAUGAACGUUGAUAGUACAUUCAAAUCUUUGUAUAUUGGAGUAGUCUACGAGAAAUGAGUCAAGGAUGCUGAAGGCUUUGAAGCUGAUCAGAUAGAAAUUGAAGAAUACACGAAGGGACUCAAAAAAGCAAUGGAUUCGCUACAAGAAUUUUUGAAACUUGAAGAAUUCUCCUAACCAUUUACAUUCAAUUCAAAUUUAA